CGAAUUUCCGACACUGAAAAAUAAUAUGGUGAAUUUCAAUAAUUUCAUGUUAUCGCAUAUUAUUAUUACGAAACACGUAGGUAUCACAGAAUAACGUUUUUCGGUGUAAACAUUACCAGAUGAUCCGACUACUAUAUAUAGUGCACUAGUAAUUUUGUUUUUAGUUUCUACCAUUGCCUUGCCUAGGACAAUAUCAUCGUUCAUUGUUAAUACAAAAUUAAUUUUGAAUUUCCAAGAUUAUAAUGGAGUCAGUCCAUCCAUUAGCUGAUGUCUUUCGGUAUAUUGAUGAUAAUAAAAAAAAAUUUGUGGAAACAUUAUCCCAGGCAGUCGCAAUUAAAUCUAUAUCAGCUGAUCCUGAAUUGAGAAAUGAAGUCAAUAAAAUGAUGCAAUGGGCUCUAGUGAAAUUAAAAGCAUUUGGUGCUGAAGUUGAAUUAUGUGAUAUUGGCCAACAGACAUUUAAAGAUAAGAAAGUUCAACUUCCGCCAGUCUUAAUAGGAUCAUUAGGUAAUGACAAAUCUAAAUUCACAAUAUGUCUCUAUGGACAUUUAGAUGUGCAACCAGCUGAUAUUUCUGAUGGAUGGGAUAGUGAACCUUUUGUUUUAACUGAAAAAAAUGGAAAAUUGUAUGGAAGAGGUUCUUCAGAUGACAAAGGUCCAGUCCUUGGAUGGCUUAACGCUAUUGAAGCUUAUCAAAGUACUGGAACUGAAAUUCCUGUUAAUCUAAAGUUUGUUUUUGAAGGAAUGGAAGAAUCCGGUAGUGAUGGAUUAGAUGAACUUCUGAUAAGAAAGAAAGAUUCGUUUUUAAAAAAUGUUGAUUAUGUCUGUAUAUCAGAUAGUUAUUGGUUGGGCACAGAGAAACCUUGUCUAACAUAUGGACUUCGAGGCAUGUGCUCUUUCUUUGUUGAAGUCGAAGGUUCCAGUAAGGAUUUACAUAGUGGAAUGUAUGGUGGGACUGUGUACGAAGCAAUGUCAGAUUUACUAUACAUUCUCAAUCAAUUGGUUGAUGUAAAAGGUAAUAUUUUAAUACCCGGGAUUAAUGAAGGAGUAGAACCGUUAUCUGAAAAAGAAAAAAAAUUAUAUGAAAAAAUGGAAUUUGAUGUAGAUGCAUACAUCAAUGAAAUUGGUGCAUCUAAGUCACAGAAAGAAACUAAAGAAGAAUUAUUAAUGAGCAAUUGGAGGUAUCCAAGUUUAUCAGUUCAUGGAAUUGAAGGAGCCUUCUCAGGCCCUGGAUUUAAAACUGUGAUACCUCGUAAGGUAAUAGGAAAAUUUUCCAUUCGAUUAGUGCCAAAUCAAAUACCAUCAAGAAUUUCAGAAAUAGUUAAAGACUAUGUUCAAAGUGUUUGGGAAAAGCGACAAAGCCCUAACAAAUUCAAAAUAUAUACUGAUAGUGAAGGUAAUCCCUGGAAGACAGAUCCAUUUAAUGACCAUUUUUUAGCAGCUCAUGAAGCUACUAAAACUGUAUACAAUGUUGAACCAGAUUAUACAAGAUGUGGUGGAUCUAUUCCUGUUACAUUAACUUUACAAGAAGUUACUGGUAAGAGUGUAAUGUUAUUACCAAUGGGUGCUGGAGACGAUAGUGCUCAUUCACAGAAUGAAAAAAUUGAUGUACGCAAUUAUAUUAAAGGAACCAAAUUGAUGGCAGCAUAUCUUUAUGAAGUUUCUAAAAUAAAGCAUUAAUUUGAUAUAAGUGCUGUAUUUUUAAGAUUUAUUAAUAAAUCUCCAAAAUAAUA